AUGCCACUGCAGACCGCGAACACUGCUUACGAUUUGGCAACCCUGUAAGUGAAGCACCUUUCAAUCAUUCGUGAUUGCGUGCUAAUCAGGAAAUAAUAGAUCACCAUCGGAACAAAUGCCUCAAAAGGGACCAGCCUUCUACAGUCUCCCCGGCGAGCUUCGAAAUGAGAUUUACAAAUUAGUUCUCUGCCCAGACGGGGAUGAGAAGAUCUGUAUCGCGGAUCCAGACGUCAUAGCCGCAGGAAUGUCUCCGGGAAAGGAUAUGAGAGCGCUACUGUUGGCCUCGAAGCAAAUCCACGCAGAAGCCUGCGGGAUUUACGCGGGCUCGAAUCGCUUUUUCAAGGAUUUGAGACCUAGCGAGAUCAGUACCGGGCUUCGAGAGGAGCAGCGGACUGCCCUACAGAGCUGGAUAGCUUGCAUCGGAAAAGAAAAUGCUUGGCUUGUUCAGGAGCUGGAGUUGAACAUUCAUCUUGACCGCUCGAGGCCGAUGUCCAGGAUUUUCGGUUGCAAAGUUGAGGAUGUCACCAAGCAGAUGGUCUUGGAUUGGUGUGGUAUUGGAGAUAUCGGGCUGCGACUUUCUGCUGCAAAGAUCCAGUACCGCAUUGCCGGUUGGCUCGACUGCAAUUGGGAAGAGCUUCCUGUCCGUCCAAGGGGUAAGAGAGUGGAAAGGCAAGAUGACGAGGAUACUCUGGAAGACAACUAG